CUAGAGAAGAAGAUUAGAGAAAUUAGCGGACAAAGGGAAGGAUUCAGAAAUCUGAGUUCAACUAGACUACGGAGUAUAAAAAUAUGCCAAGGAAUGUGUAUUUAGUGGACUUCUCAUGUUACAAGCCUAACCCUGAGCUGAUGUGCCCUACUGAAAGGUUUAUGGAAAGGUCAAGGCUAGCCAAGGUUUUCACAGAGGAAAAUCUGUCAUUUCAGAAGAAGGUUUUGGAAAGAUCUGGACUGGGACAAAAGACUUAUUUCCCUGAAGCCAUUUUGAUCAGUGUGCCUGAAAAGUCUUGUUUGGAGCAGGCAAGGAAAGAGGCAGAAAUGGUCAUCUUUGGAUGCAUUGAUGAGCUUUUGGGUAAGACUGGGGUGAAAGGGAAGGAUAUUGGGAUAGUUGUGGUUAACUGCAGUGUGUUUAACUCAACCCCAUCACUUUCUGCUAUGGUGGUUAACCAUUACAAGCUUAAUAGCAAUGUGAAGAGUUUCAACCUUAGUGGCAUGGGCUGUAGUGCUGGACUCAUCUCCAUUGACCUUGCCAAACAUCUCCUACAGGUCUCAUCUCACUCUUCC